AUGAACAACACUAUCUUUGAUUUGUUUCUCUUUUAGAGUGAAAUUAUUUUAUUCAGAGGAUAUCCCAGUGAGGAAUAUGAGGUGGUGACAGAUGAUGGAUAUUGCCUAAGUAUUAAUAGAAUUCCUUAUGGGAAAAUAAGUCAGAAAACCAAGGAACCAAAGCCAGCUGUGUUUCUCCAACAUGGCUUACUUGCUGAUGGCAGUAACUGGGUGACCAACCUAGAAUACAACAGCCUGGGUUUUGUGCUAGCUGAUGCUGGUUUUGAUGUUUGGUUAGGGAACAGCAGAGGCAACACCUGGUCCCGAAAACACAUCAACUAUACCACAAAGCAAAAAGAAUUCUGGAUGUUCAGUUUUGAUGAAAUGGCUAAGUAUGACCUUCCUGCUUCAAUAAAUUUUGUCUUGAACAAAACUGGUCAGGAGCAACUCUUCUACGUUGGUCAUUCUCAAGGCACCACCAUAGGUUUCAUAGCAUUUUCAGCUUUUCCAGAGUUGGCAAAAAAAAUAAAAAUAUUUUUUGGAUUGGCACCCGGUAUGACUGCGAACUUUUCAUCCGGUGGUUUGGUCAAACUUGCAGACGUUCCCGAACUGUUAUUGAAAGAAAUAUUUGGAACCAAGCAGUUUUUUCCCCAGAAUACGCUUAUAAAAUGGCUUGCUACCCACGUGUGCGACCGUGUUUUACUUGAUUAUCUUUGUGGCAACGUUUUCUUUCUCAUGUGUGGAUUUAAUGAGAAAAACCUAAACAUGAGCCGAAUAGAUGUCUAUUCCACACACUGCCCAGCUGGAACAUCUGUCCAGAAUAUGCUUCAUUGGAUUCAGGUUAAAAAGUGUGGGGAAGUCAGAGCGUAUGACUGGGGAAGCAGAAAGGAAAAUAUGGCUCAUUAUAAACAGCCAACACCACCUUCCUACAAUUUGAAAGGAAUGCUUGUUCCAACAGCUAUAUGGUCGGGUGGCCAUGACUGGCUGGCAGACCCAAAGGACGUUGCCAUGUUAAUGACUAUGAUCCCAAAUUUGAUAUACCACGAGGAGAUCCCAGACUGGGAACAUCUGGAUUUCAUCUGGGGCCUUGACGCCCCCCAGCGCAUGUUCAGAGAUAUGAUUCAGAUGAUGCGGAAAGUUCAGUAUGCCCGUUGAUUACUUGAAGUUGUAAUCCCAAAACACCGAUGCAGUUGUGAAAAGGAAGUCUUUCUUGCUACCUACGUAAUAAGUAUUAUUCCAUUACAAGCCUUCUUGCAAUACCUUAAGAAAUGGAAACUCUGCACUUGUCAAAUAGGUGUUUAUAAUUCAUGCAGUUUUAAUGGAAAGGCAGAAAAUAGGUAGGAAACGAAACCAAACCCCUGGCACUGCUGCUGCUCUUGCACCAUUGAGAUAAUUUUUUAAAUGGGAAGGAGGGAAUGACGAUUUAUUGAACCUUGUUAAUAACAAUGAUACUGAAGUUGUGAAAGCCAUUUAAUAAUGGGU